CGCGAUCAUCACAAACCUCACAUAGUCUCCAGGUCCCCCCAAGGCUUGGUCGUACGCCGAGUCUACUUUGUCUGCUGCGUAGUGCCUUCGUAGGUGAUAUGGGUGCUUGUCGCAUAUGUGACACGUACUAAGAUGUUAGGUCGAGGCGCAAGGAAGCCGUGGAGCGAACAUGUCCUUCGCUGUUAACUCGACUACCUACAACUACCAAUACCGGCCACUAAAUCAUGCGACACAGCAGAUACGCCUUGUCACGCUUCUGCGUCCGUUGGAGAACGACGAUGCUAUACGUCUCGACAUCAACGUCUUCGAGAUUUCGGAAGCCCCGCCAUACACAGCCUUGUCUUAUGUUUGGGGUCCACCGCCGUCAAAUCACGAUAUCUACAUCGCAAACGGAAGACUUGCGAUACGAGAAAACCUAUUCAAAUUUCUCACUGAGUUCGGGAAUUGUCGCGACAAGGCGCCCUCGGAUCAGCAUCUGUGGAUUGACCAGCUGUGCAUUGAUCAGUCAACUACUGCUGAGCGCAACCACCAAGUGCAGAUGAUGAGCGAUAUUUACAGCAAGGCUAAUUCAGUCAUUGCUUGGUUGGGCGAAGGUUCUAAGAAAGCCGACGCAUCCCCCAGCAUCCUCGCCCAACGCGGAUGCGAUAUGUUUGAAAACAUGUACGAUGCUGCAGGUGUCUGGAAGCAUGUUGGAGAACCAGCGGCAUUAGCUUAUGUUCUUCACAACGAAUACUUUACACGAAUUUGGAUUGUACAAGAGUUCAUUCUAGCGAGGCAGAUCAGGGUUCUCGUCAAAGACAUCUGGCUGGUGGAUGACACACGUGGAUGGGAGCGUCGAGCUGACACCCUCGAUGACUAUUUGCGGCACUCCGUAUCCAGCAGCACGUUUAGGCUUAUCGGCAGGAGCUCUUUCCGAAGAGCUGGUGGAUUCUUCAAGCAUCUCGAUAUAUGCGUUGCCCUGGACGAUUAUGUGACAAAUGAUUGCGCGGAUCCGCGCGACAGAGUCUAUGGUUUGCUUGGGCUGUCGUGCUUCAAAGCUCAUCUCUCAAGGGAUGGUGGAACCCAGGAGUACACGAUGAGGGAGUUAUUCCGAUAUUGAUCAGAACUGCUAAUGUGAUGGGAAUCACAUGGUCUCUGGGGACGGAUUUUCUUCCCCGGUUAUCUCGAAUGGGGCAUAGUCACAGACUGGGCCGCUUUCAUGGCCAUGCCUGUCCGAUCACCGCAGUGGGCCUUGAGAAAGUCGCAACGACUGGUUGUGAAGUAGAUCGAUUUUGGUUCGACUUCCAAGGGACAAGACAUUUCAUCUACUGCGCAAACAAAAAAACGCGGCUGGCAGAUGAGACCGAAAGACUGUUGAAUGAGGACUGGCAAAAGUAUGUUCCUCGAGUACGUUCAGAAAAAAUAUCGUUUUUCGGGAACGUGCGGAGAAAAUAUCGUCAACGGAUGUCGCUCACUCUUCUUACAAGGGGAGGCAAGGGGAAAGGCAGGAAGUAAAGAUCAAUGCAAGAGUUCAGAC